ACAAAUAAAUAAAAGUGAAGAAGAAAAAAAAGUAAACGGUUGCAUCUAUAAAAGGAUCCUCACAAUGAGCAUCCCAAAAAUCCCCUUCAAAACUUCCAACCUCUCUGUUUCGUCAUCAACUAUUACGUUCCCAUUUCUCUCCUUCUUCCUCCUUAAACCGAUGGGUCCUGCAGUUCUAAGCUCACACACCAAUGGCUUCUCUCAAUCAGUCGAUCGAAACUUCGAAGAGAAAACCAAUUACAUCAAUGACGAUAAUUCUUCUCACGAAUCGGUAAUCAACAAUGUUAAUGGCGACGAUUGCCAUUGGUACGAAGAAAUCAUCGACGAAAACCUCAAAUGGUCCUUCGCUCUUAAUCGUGUUCUGCAGCAAGGAACCAGUGAGUUUCAGGAUAUCGCUCUUUUAGAUACGAAGCGUUUCGGAAAAGCAUUGAUGAUCGAUGGGAAGAUGCAAAGUGCUGAGGCCGACGAGUUUGUUUAUCAUGAAUGCUUAAUUCAUCCCCCUCUGUUAUGCCAUUCCAACCCAAAAAGUGUCUUCAUAAUGGGAGGUGGAGAAGGCUCAGCAGCAAGAGAAGUUCUUAAACACAAAUCAAUAGAGAAGGUUGUUAUGUGCGAUAUUGAUCAGGAUGUGGUGGAUUUUUGUCGUAAACAUUUGACGGUGAACCGAGAGGCCUUUUGUCACAAGAAACUUCAUCUCGUAAUAAACGAUGCAAGGGUGGAAUUGGAGAAGAGAAAGGAGAAAUAUGAUGUAAUAAUAGGAGACCUAGCAGAUCCUGUUAAAGACGGGCCUUGCUACAAACUCUACACCAAAUCCUUUUAUCAUGACAUCCUCAAACCUAAACUUCACCACAAUGGCAUUUUUGUAACUCAGGCAGGACCAGCCGGAAUUUUCACCCACAAAGAGGUUUUUACCUCAAUUUAUAACACAAUCAAACAGACCUUCAACUAUGUGAUUGCUUACACGGCUUACAUACCAUCUUUUGCAGACACAUGGGGAUGGGUUAUGGCAUCAGAUCAUCCUUUCUGUAUAAAAUCUGAGGAAUUGGAUAAGAGAAUUGAGGAUAGAAUCAAUGGGGAGUUGCUCUAUUUAACUGGCCCCUCAAUUGUGUCUUCCACCAUUAUCAACAAGAUUGUCUCUUUAGCGUUGUUGAAUGAAACUCACAUCUACACUGAAGCGACAGCAAAGUUCAUACAUGGUCAAGGGGUUGUUGGAUGCAAACAAUUGAACGGGGGGAGUUGUGGUCGUGGUGUGUAAAUAUACCAUAAUAUUAAGGACCCUAAAAUAUAUCACACUUUAAUUAAAGACACCAUUAAUAUAAAAAAACCUAAUCAAGAUUAUUACUUUUCACUUAUUUGGUAUAAGAAAAAGAAAAAGGAGAAAAUUUAGUUUGUAUUAUUGAUUACCUUUUUAAUAUAUAAAUUAGAGUUAGAUGACAAAAUAAGCAUAGCGUAAUGAUAUAGCUGGAAUGUACUAAUACCGGAAUCGAGUUGGUGAAUUUCAUUUCCUUAUAUAAUUGGUUUAGAAAGGAAUUAUUACUAGUGUUUCAACUUUGUUUCAUAUUUCAUAAUAUAUUGUUAGAGAAUAGUUUUCUUUUGUAUGUGUGAAAGUAAAUAUAUUGGAUAUGUAAUGGAUAUUAUAAUGGCGUGUAGUAAGGUAAAAUCUUCUGUAUUUGCGAAGGUAUUAAGAGGUUUACACUUCAAAUUAA